AACCUCAUGGUGGCGCUAGAGGAAAAAUCAGGAAUAAGCUAAUUGGUAUGUUUGAUCCUUUGGGGGCCAAUUCAUUUGGUAGAUGUUGAGAUAUUUCAGUAUUUGUCAGUGGCGGACCAACUGUCAGGCAGCUAGCAUCCAUAUAGCCAUGAUGCUAGCAGUGGCUAGAAGCUAAUCGGCUGGCAGCAGUUUGGUCCUGCCCCUGCGGAGGUGUGCCCUAACGCGGAGGGAGAGCUGUGCUUCACUGCCGCUAGCUUUACUCAGCUGCUCCAACGUUUCGUCUCACCAUCAAGACCGAGGGGGAUCUCAAGACAUUAACUGAGAAUUAAUCAGGAUGUCCCGGGAGCAGCAGGCGGUGGCUCGUGCCAGGAAAGCCUUUGAAACAGGCAGGUCCAAAUGUUUUGAGCACCGGAUCCGCCAGUUGAAGAACCUGCAGCGGUUAUUCACUGAGAGACAGAAAGAGAUUUCAGAUGCCAUCAAGAAAGACCUCAAUAAGAGCGAGGUGGGGACCCAGCUGUACGAGACUCUGGGUCUGGAGGGGGAGAUCAGCCUGGCCAUCAGGAAGCUGAAGGAGUGGGCGGCCCCUCGAUCCGUGGAGAAGAACCUGAUUACCCUCGGCGACACCGUCUACAUCAAGCCGGAGCCACUGGGAGUGGUGCUUAUCAUCGGGGCCUGGAACUACCCCUGGGCUGUCACCAUCCAGCCGCUCAUUGGAGCUAUCGCUGCUGGCAAUGCUGCUGUGGUCAAGCCCUCUGAGGUGUGUGUUCACACUGCAAAGGUCAUGGAGGAUCUGCUGCCACUUUACAUCGACAAAGAGCUUUACCCUGUAGUAACCGGAGGAGUGUCAGAGACCCAGGAGCUGCUGCGCCAGAGGUUCGAUCACAUCUUCUACACCGGCAACAGCGUGGUGGGCAAACUGAUCAUGGAGGCUGCUGCCAAACACCUGACACCUGUCACCCUGGAGCUGGGUGGCAAGAGCCCCUGCUACAUUGACAAAAACUGUGACAUAAGCAUAGCCUGCAGGCGUGUCGCCUGGGGAAAGUACACUAACUGUGGUCAGACCUGCAUCGCCCCAGACUACAUCCUUUGUGACCCCAGCAUCCAGGACCGGGUCAUUGAAGAGGUCAAGAAGUCCAUUAAGGAGUUCUACACAGACAACCCAAAGACCUGCCCUGACUAUGGACGCAUCAUCAACCAGCGCCACUUCAAGAGGAUAAUGACCUUGUUGGAAGACAGCACCAUCGCUGUAGGAGGAGACAAUGACGAGUCAGACUGCUACAUAGCCCCCACAGUUCUGCGGGACGUGAAGCCAGAGGCGAAGGUGAUGCAGGAGGAGAUAUUUGGACCUCUGCUUCCCAUCUUGCUGGUCAGCAGCCUGGACGAAGCCAUCAAGUUUAUCAAUAAGGGAGAGAAACCUCUGGCCCUCUACAUCUUCACAUCAGAUAACAAGGUGAUCACGAAAAUGACAGAAGAGACCUCCAGUGGAGGACUGGUGGCCAACGACUGUCUUGUGCACUAUUCUGUCAGCUCUCUGCCUUUCGGAGGAGUGGGAAACAGUGGUAUGGGUUGCUACCACGGCAAGUUUACCUUUGACCAGCUGAGCCACCUGCGUGGUUGUCUCAUCAAAAAGCUGAAUAUGGAGGGAGUGAACAGCAUGAGGUACCCGCCUCACACGGCCAAGAAACUGGGCUGGGCACGCUUCUUCAUCAUGAAGACCGUAGACGUGGGCUGGAUUGGGCAGAUGGCGCUCUUAGCCGUCCUGGCUGUGGUGGUUGCUGUGGUGAUACAGAAUUAUCUCCAUUGAAGACACCCCGCUGCUUCCCAGACAACAAGUCUGUCGUAUCCUUGACCCUGAGGACCAGAGAGAAGAGCAGCAUGGAUUUCUUACCAUUUCAUCAAUAAAUAUCUGUGUAAAUCAGCAUCUGCACUGCUGUAAUACAGGGAAUGUUUAUGGUGUUGCCUUAAUCUAUUUACAUUUCAAUAACGGUGUCAGAAGUUUCAUGUAGCUCACCGUAGAAAGCAUCUUAUUUUCAUGAAGGUGAUUAUUUAUUCCCAUGUAUGGCUCUUAAAUUUGUGUUCAGCAUUAACAACGUUCCCUUUUAACCCGUUAGAUUAAAUACACUUUCUACAGUAAUAUUCAUUAUAAUGCUGUGAAUGAUUUUAAAUGAAGUAACAAACAGUAUGAUGAUUUGUAGCAUUUGCUAACAGUCAUGUUCACUGAGGAGCCGGAUUUUUUUUGGGUAAAAUUUAACGAACCUGCAAUUUCUUGUUAUAAUGAAACUGUUUUAUUGUGUAGGAAUUACCUACAGUUAAUUUUGUGUCCUUUACAUUUCAAUGACCGAUCAGCCAUUAACUUGACGUUCAGCCUGAAGGUACUUGAUAAUUGCUGCCCAGUGUAGGUUUGUUGUUUUUUCAGUGUGUGCCUGCCCGCUGACAGCAGAGGUGAAGACAACAUGUCUGUCAGUCUGUCUCUGAGACAUGUGUACAGGAAACAGUGGUAUGGGUUGGAUCAGUCCUCCUUUAGCUGACUGCAGCCUGUCAGAAUAAAACAGGAUGUGAAGGAUGUUUUUAUUUUAUUUUCAAACAAACACAUUUAAGCAACCUUAUAAACUCUAAUCUCUAAACAAUAGUUGCAAAAAGUUUUUUUCAUACUUUAAAAAUUUUAAGGGAUUUGUAAUUAAUAGUUAAAUAAAUAUACAUGUAUUUCCAUAUUGAAUUAAUAUUCAAAUAAAUAUAUUUCUACAUGUA